GUUAGCCUCCUUUCCAAUUUGAAAAGCCUCUUCCGAGUAGAAACACCGACUGUGCAGAAAACUCUCUCUCUCUCUCUCUCUCUCUCUCUCUCUCAUUGGGACUGAGAAAUGCUCGGAAGGGAUGCAAAAGCUGUUGCGUCGAAGCCCUUCUCCUCCCAUCCUUUUCUCUGCUGCGGGUAGUAAUAAUACCCCCAUUCUCCCCUCUUUCUCUUUGCCCUUCACCACCACCACCACCACUUUUCUCCCUCUAGGGUUCAAUAAAAAGACCAGGGCCUCCAUCACACCCAUCCCCCCGCCUCCGCCGCCUGCAAUGCCCUCCGCCGCAACCUACAACGCCGUCGCCGCCUUCUGCAAAACCCCCGUCAGUCCUCGAACGUCGCCCGCCUACUGCUGCCGCAUGUGCCGUUUCAGAAUCGUCAGUACGGAUUCCUCUAGGGUUUGGGUCGUGCAAAAGGAGGCGCGAGCCGCGUGGUUUCACACGGCUUCCGACAAGGGUUUGCCAGGUUCUUUUUCUCGGGCCGUGGUGGCUACUGUUUCUGCUGCUGCCGAGGGUUCGGAAGAGAAGCCUCAGAGAUUGCAUAGGAGGCAGAAGGGUUCGGCUGUUGGAGAAGGGAUGGCUGGAAAUCCAGAUUUGUUGACGAUUCCGGGCGUGGGACAGAGGAAUUUGAGGAAGCUAGUUGGAAAGGGUAUUGCUGGUGUGGCUGACCUUAAACAACUCUACAAAGACAAGUUUUCCAGGAGGUCCAGUCAGGAGAUGGUUGAGUUUUUACAAAGCUCAGUUGGAAUUAUUCACAGAAACCAUGCUGAGAGUAUAACCACUUUUAUCAAAAAGAGUGUAGAUGAAGAGUUAAAGGAGGACAGUUCUGAUUCGGAUGUGCAGAAAACUCCUAAAAAAAGGCUCACUUUCUGUGUUGAAGGAAAUAUCAGUGUUGGGAAGACUACUUUCCUGCAGAGAAUUGCUAAUGAAACCCUUGAGCUGCAAGACCUUGUAGAAAUUGUUCCGGAACCUAUUCACAAGUGGCAGGAUGUUGGAGAAAAUCACCAUAAUGUAUUGGAUGCUUUUUAUGCUGAGCCGCACCGAUAUGCAUAUACGUUCCAAAACUAUGUGUUUGUUACGAGAGUUAUGCAGGAGAGGGAGUCGUCUGGUGGCAUUAAGCCUCUCAGAUUGAUGGAGAGAAGUGUUUUCAGUGAUAGGAUGGUCUUUGUGCGAGCUGUUCAUGAAGCAAACUGGAUGAGUGAGAUGGAGAUAAGCAUCUAUGACUCAUGGUUUAAUCCAGCUAUUUCUUGGUGGCCUGGGCUUAUUCCAGAUGCUUUUAUCUAUCUUAGAGCAAGCCCUGAUACCUGCCACAAGCGGAUGAUGCUACGCAAAAGAGCAGAGGAAGGUGGCAUCUCCUUGGACUAUCUUCGCGACUUGCACGAAAAGCAUGAGAACUGGCUCUUCCCUUCUGAAAGUGGAAAUCACGGGGUAUUGUCUGUCAGUAAGCUACCCCACCAUGUGGACUGCUCUCUGCAUCCUGAUAUAAGGGACCGUGUGUUCUAUUUGGAGGGUGAUCAUAUGCAUUCAAGCAUUCAAAAGGUUCCUGCCUUGGUUCUAGACUGCGAACCGAACAUUGAUUUUGGCAGAGAUAUUGAAGCAAAGCGGGAGUAUGCACGCCAAGUUGCGGAGUUCUUUGAAUUCGUGAAGAAGAAGAAGGAAGACCCGGCUGAGCAAAAAUUUGGCGAAACGGCAAAGACUACCCAACAACCACAGUUGUUGGUGCCCCAUAAAGGAGGGCUGUGGGUACCCAAUGGGAAGCAUUUCCCAGAAUCCGCGCUCAAGUCUAUGGACUUCCGGCAAGCAAUGACAUUCAUGUCUUGAUAGUCCCUGUCUUGUGUAUCAUUGGUUAGGUUCUUUGCAUGUAAAAAUGUUUGUGACUUGAAGCUUUGAACUUCUAGAUGUGUCAUAUGUAGAGUAAGUUUUUGUUAUGCCUGAACACUGGCAGUUGAUUGCUGUUUCUCUUUUGAAGGACAAGGGGCUCUUAGUUAAA